AAGGCUUCAUGGACCUAGUUUUGGAGCUGGUAGAAGAAGGGGUUCUCACCGAUCAGGAGAUCAGGGGCGAAGUGGAUACAAUGGUGCUGGCUGGAUAUGACACGUCGUCUACUACGGCGGCAUAUACGUGUGUUCUGCUGGGAUCCUAUCCUGAUGUCCAAGAGAAGGUGUAUGCUGAGUUGGAAGAGGUAUUCGGAAACUCAGAUAUAGACGUGGAGAAGCACGAUUUAUCUAAACUGGUCUACCUGGAUGCCGUCCUGAAAGAAGUGGGCAGACUGUACCCGGUCACACCAAUUAUACUGAGAUAUGUGGACAAGGACGUCAAACUUAGAAACUACACCAUGCCGGAGGGUAGUAACUGCGCUAUAUUCCUAAGCGGAGUCAGCAGACACAAGGUGUGGGGGGCGGAUAAAGACCAGUUCAGACCGGAGAGGUGGUUGGAAAAUACAGUACCAGAGAACUGUAAUGCUUACACUGGAUUCAGUACUGGACGACGAGCUUGCAUUGGAAGAUCCUAUGCACUGACGUUGAUGAAAAUCACCUUAGUUCAUAUCUUGCGCAACUACAGAAUAAAAGCCGACCAUAGACAACUGGUGUUGACGCUCGAACUAUUCCUGAAGCCAGCCGAGGGUUGCAAGAUUUCUUUAGAACCGAGGCAAGUUAGAAGGAAAUAG